ACCGAAACAGCAGGUUCGACUUUUCAGUUCAACGGCGAGCAGUUGCGGCUUCCCGUUUUUCAUCGACAUGAAAUCCUUCAUUCUAGUCGCGUGCGCUACAUUCCUUCUUGUCGUCCCCACCAUUUACGCCCAGGCACCAAGGCCAAACGGUGACGACGCGGACGAACUGAAUCCUAUCGAGCCGAAUUCCCCAGAAUUCAAAGAUCGUGAGAGACGAAACUGCAGAAUCGAAUUCCGACGAGUGGAUGGAGCAUGUACGAACAUUGGCUCUCCGAAACGCCAGCUGUGGGGCUCCACCAACCGCCCCCAUUUCACAUAUUUCAAUGGCCUGAGCUCCGUGGUUGCUACUGGAAAAAAUUUGCCAUCGCCAAGACGCAUUUCUAAUAUUCUCUGCAAACAGACCCGAAACAUCUUUGACAGACGUUCUCUGAAUGAGAUGACAACCAUUUUCGGACAAUUUAUUGAUCACACUCUCGUUGCUACUCCGGUAAACGAUGAUGAACCCAUGUUCAUUAAGAUGCCGGAAAAUGACCCUCUUUUUGCCAACAUGACAGAGCUCAAGUUCUUCCGUUCGGAGCGCGUGAAAGUUGUUCGAGGGAGUCGUGUGGAGCGACCCCAAAACUCUCUGACUUCAGCCCUCGACCUGGUAUCCGUUUACGGGCCCAAUGAAGGGAGGUUGAAAGUGCUGAGGUCUUUCCGCAAUGGACUCAUGGAGACAGGUCCCGGCAACUUGCUCAUCCUCAACAACGCUCGCCUCAACAAUGCACCCCAGAACAGAAAGUCCUUUUUCAUAACUGGAGACCACAGAGCCAAUGAACAUCCCGUGCUUACUUCCGUACACACCCUCUUCCUCCGCGAACAUAAUUCUAUUGCCAAGGAGUUGCAGGCCGCUUUCCCCAGGUGGAAGGAGGAGCGGUUAUUCCAGACCGCGCGGAAGAUUAACAUAGCACAAUUCCAAAAGAUCGUGAUCAAGGAAUGGUACCCAGCCAUCACUGGGCGACAACUUCCGGCGUAUAACGGCUUCGUCAGGGACACUGAUCCGACGGUUAGCCUCGUAUUCAGCACGGCUGCGUUCAGAGUGGGCCACACGUUAGUCGGGAACGUAGUGAACCGACGUGGUCGAGGCAACACAGUUUUGCCUUCGUUGCCGUUCAUGAACGUAUUCUUCCAAUCGGUGCGCCUCAUUCAGAACAACGGCAUCGAUGAAUUUGUUCGGGGGGCGCUCGUGAGCCGUGCGCAAAGGAUCGAUCUGCAGGUUCACGACAUCUUAAGAAAUUUCCUUUUCACCAAUGUGAAUGGGGAGGAGGGGCUUGACUUGAUCGCGCUGAACCUUCAGCGAAGCCGAGACCAUGCGCUACCAUCCUACAACCGGAUCCGGCGGAAGUUUUUGGGGAGCAGGGCGAGAAAUUUCCUUCAGAUUACGAAGAACAGGAACAUUGCAACGGCAUUGCAGACGGCGUACGGAAGCGUGGACAAGGUUGAGGCAUGGAUUGGGAUGAUGGCAGAGGAUCAUGCGCCGCGUUCUUCUAUGGGUCCGACACUGCUCGCAGUGUGGCAGAGAGAGUUUGUGCGGAUUCGAGAUGGUGACCAAUUCUACUUUGAAAGGGAGGGGGCGUUCACAAAAGAAAUGAAGAUGAAGAUCCCCAGAGUGAGGCAGCUGUUCACGAAUGCAGACAUCUUCCGCGGAAUCGUUCUACGGAAUAGUGGUAUUCAACGGAGGGACUUGAAGAGGCGGAUGUUCUUCGUUAACUAG